UGUGCACACCUUCCAUAACCCCAUCAAGGUCUAGUCGAGGCAUUAAGGUCGUAUGUGUAAUUAAAAACACGGAUCAUGUAUUUAUGUAUAAUAAUUAUUAAUCAAAAAUAAUAUUGCAUUUAUCUAACUUGUCUAUGACAGAAUUGAACACUUCCAGGGUGUCAGCUACUUCUGUGUAUGUUUGACACUUGACUUUUUAAGGACUACAACAGUUAUUAACCAAUGAUGACCUUUUUAAGCCAUUCAGGUUUUCGAGUAGCCAUAUUACAACUGACUGUAACAGCCGACAAACCAUCAAAUGUGGCUGUCGCUGUGGAACGAAUACAGAAAUCAAAGAUUAGUGGUUGCUCAUUAGCCAUACUGCCCGAAUGUUUUAAUGCACCAUAUGACACUGCCUUGUUCAGACAAUAUGCUGAAGUCAUUCCUGGGGGCCAAACAUGUAAUGCUCUGUCUCAAGCUGCCAAAUCAAAUCAAAUAUACAUUGUUGGUGGUUCAAUCCCAGAGAUAUGUGAUGGAAAAGUUUACAACACGUGUACGGUUUGGGAUCCUAAUGGAGAUUUAAUAGCCAAACAUAGAAAAGUACUAUUUAUUUAUGUGCAUUUAUUUGAUGUAAGCAUACCUGGUAGUACUUGCUUCAAAGAAUCUGAUGCCAUGUCUGCGGGCAAUACACUUAAUACUUUUCAGUUUGGAAAAUUUAAGAUCGGGCUAGGCAUUUGUUAUGAUAUACGAUUUUCAGAGAUGGCAGCAUUAUAUCGAAAACAAGGAUGUGAUAUGUUAAUAUACCCUGGUGCCUUUUGUACGGAGAUUGGCCCUUUACAUUGGAGUUUAUUAACUAGAUUUAGAGCCAUGGAAAAUCAAGCAUUUGUAGCUGUAGUUUCUCCGGCCAGAGUUACUGAUUCUAGUUAUGUAGCAUGGGGUCAUUCAAUGAUUGUGGAUCCAUGGGGUAAAGUUUUGUGUGAAGCUACUGAAAAGGAUAUGGAUUUAUACAUAGAUUUUGACUUUGGAAUACGAGAAAACAUAAGGCAGCAAAUACCCACAGAAUAUCAGAGAAGAACUGAUAUGUAUGAUACAAUUUAUAUGACAAAUAAAAUAAAUAGUUAGUGUUGAUCUGUCUAUGAAAACCAUUUAUUAAUGAAUUGAACCUAACCGAGUCAAUAUUUGAAGGUUAGGUUAGGUUAAUCAAUUGUUACUACUAAUGUAAUUCAAAUUACAUGUUUAUCAAAUGUAAUAAAUGUAUUGAAUAACUUUAUUUUUAAUUUUAAAAAAUUAAUCUACAUUCUAAUUGUAAAUAUUUCAUGUA